AUGGGUUCGGAAGGGCCUCCAGCUGUGACAAUUCAUAUGACCGGUUUUAAGAAGUUCCAUGGAGUUCCUGAGAACCCAACAGAGACAAUUGUGAGCAAUAUAAGAGAAUAUAUGAAUAAAAGGGGUUUGCCAAAAGGAUUGACUCUUGGAAGUUGCAGCAUUCUCGAGACAGCUGGACAGGGGGCAGUGGCUUCUCUCUAUAAGACUUUACAAUUGGCCAUAGAGGAAAAUGAUUCCGAAUUAACAAAUUCGAGACGAGUUAUCUGGGUACAUUUUGGGGUCAAUAGUGGUGCCACAAAAUUUGCUAUUGAGCAUCAAGCUUUUAAUGAAGCUACUUUUCGCUGUCCGGAUGAGAUGGGAUGGAAGCCUCAGAAAGUCCCCAUCAUCCCUUCAGAUGGUGCGAUUUCUCGAACACGUGAGACCUCUCUACCCAUUCAGGAGAUAGCACAGGCCUUGUCAAAGAAGGGCUAUCACGUCAUGACUUCUGAUGAUGCUGGUAGAUUUGUGUGCAACUACGUCUAUUAUCAUUCCCUUCGCUUUGCAGAGGAAAAUGGGAUCAAAUCCCUCUUUGUCCAUGUGCCUCUCUUCUUCACUGUAGAUGAGGAGACCCAAAUGCAAUUUGCUGCCUCCUUGCUGGAGGCUCUUGCUGCUUUUGAUUAGCAGAACAUCCACCCAUUUUUUUUUGGUUCGCCAUUAAUGUGAAGGUGGAUGGGUGUAAAGAAGGAAUGUUUAUGCAUAGUAAGUUCAUGCAGAAUGGAAAAACCAAAAAAAAGUUAUUGUGGGACACUGUUCUCAUAUAUUUGCCUUGAUGUUUGUCAGAAGGGUUUUGAUCGCUUCCAAAUGUAAGUGAUCUUUGUGUGGGGAUGUCAAUAAAUUUCUGAUGUGCUUGGAUCUGAA